AAAUAAAAGCUCUCAGCAAAGCCACCAACACCACCACUUCUAUCCUUGAGACCGCCACCUCCGCCAUCGAAGGCUUUGGUCCCAUCAACAAAAUCCACCAACAUCUCUGCGCGUAUUAACUAACCCACCGAUUAUUUAUUUAUUUCCCCAUUUUAUAAUUUAAUCUUUUUGCUGAUUAAAAGGAAUAUUCAUCUGGAAUUGCAUAUGUAUGUAGAUUCCAUUUCUACAGUAACGACAUGACCCGUCAAGUAGAGGCAGACCACUUCUGCGCCCAUCAGAACGAAGAGAUGCGGCAGUGCUUGAUCUACGACAGCCCCAAAAAGGACGCCCGUCUCAUAGGGGUGGAGUUCCUGAUCUCGGAGAACCUGUUCCUGACGUUGCCAGACGAGGAGAAGCCACUGUGGCACUCCCACGAGUACGAGGUUAAGAGCGGGGUGUUGUUCAUACCGGGAAUCCCAGGGCCCAUCAAGGGGCCAGACAUGGAGAGAGUGUUGGAACUUAAAUAUUUUAAUCAAAAAUAAAAUAAAAAAUUGAAUUUAUU